CAGCCUCCUCCAAACUAUUUCCUGUUGCUGCAGCGUUAAUGCUAAACAGACCUUUCUGUCUCGUCUCUCUACAGCCAAAGUGCGGAGGCUCCGCUGCCGUCCCGGCCUUUCCCAGGGGAAGUUCAGCACUUUGUCCCACGGCAGCACGGGGUCAGUGCCCGCCCCAGUCCCUCCCUCUGCUCAUCCCACCGAUGGCCUUUGCCCCUCGUCCCGUCUUUGUCCCCGUGCCCCAAGGCAAAUAGACGAAGCUCAUGGGUUGUGUCCCACGGCGGAAGGCCCAUCCCGGUACCGCAGAUCCGCUUGGCACCGGGUCCUGGAGGAACCACAUCCUGCCCAGCCCUGCAGGAAGGGCAGAGGGGGGUGGGAGUGGGACCGUGUGCUCAGCGCCCAGCCGGGUCGGCACCGGGCCCCACUCACCCCAUGUCCCCCAGAUGCCCCACAUGCGCUGUCCCCAGGGGCCCUGAGCGCAGCCAUGGAGAGCCGCAAGCAGGACAUGGAGCUGCUGAGCAACAGCAUGGCUGCGUACGCACACAUCCGAGCCAACCCCGAGAGCUUCGGGCUGUACUUCGUGCUGGGCGUCUGCUUCGGGCUGGUGCUGACGCUGUGCCUGCUGCUGCUGCGCAUCUCCUGCCGGCCCCGCACGCAGCGCACGGCGCGGCCCGGCCCCGCCGACCUCAGCGAGGACGACGACGACGAUGAGGAUGAAGAGGAGGACACGGUGGACCGCGCCGCCUCCGAGUCGCUGCUGCCGAUGACCGAGAUCCCGUUGGAGCGCCACAGCCCCGGGGACGGCGCUGCUCCCAUCAACGUCUUCGCGUCGGCCGAGGAGUUGGAGCGGGCGCAGCGCCUGGAGGAGCGGGAGCGGAUCAUUCGCGAGAUCUGGCGCAACGGGCAGCCCGACCUGCUGGGCGCCGGCACUUUGGGCCGCGGGCAUUACUACUGAGCGGAGGCCGCGGGCAGCGGGAAGCCGGCCGGACGGGGCGGCACCUCGGAGCGCCCUCAGCCCGCCGCUGUGGGACGCGAUGCACUUGGAGCCAUUGGUACGAAGCCGGGGGGGCCCAGCAGCCCCACGGGUGAGGACAGGGCUGUGGGCGCUGCCCCCGGCGCGGUGCUCCCCUGCCCGGUUCCCGUUCCCGUUUCCAUGCCCGCUGUCUUCGGCCUUUCCGGCCCGGCGCGGCUCCGGAUGUUUACCGGUGGGCUCAGAGCUGCUCUCGUUCCCCCCAGCCCGUGCCGCUCUCAGCCCCGCCGCCCCUCCUUCCACAUCUACAAAAAUAGCUCCUUCCCAGCCUGG